UUGGCGCGAAAUAUGCCCAAUGCCACACCCUCAACUGUCAAUCAACGCCAAGCCGUUGAUUCUUCCACGCCAUACAAACCACGCAAAAAUUUUCCUUCUCUUUUAAAAUCGCUUUUUUUUUUUUUUUUUUUUCCCUUCUCUCUCGAGAAGUUCUCGAUUCUAAUCGAGCACCUCCUUUCAUGAUGAUAUGCCAAGUUCCCGAAGCUGGUACUGUUGGGCAGCAUAUGGAACUGCCAACAAAGGAAAUAGCAUCAAUUGACAUCAAAGCUUCUGAAAGUAAACGGGUGCAAUAUUCUUCAAAGCAUAUUAGAAAUCUACCUCCGGAUUCUGUAACUGACUUCAAGUGGAAGAAUUACUGUGCUUCACUUUUCAGACUUCUACACGAGCUCCAAAAUGUUGAUCAUGAUGGCUACAUGCUCUCAAUUUGUAGCGAUGAGAUAUUAAGGAAGGUUUCUUCAAAGAAAGCCGGUUGCCUGUUUCUUUUGUCCAAGGACGAAAGAUAUAUGAUAAAAAUCCUUAAAAAGUCUGAAAUUAAGGUGAUCCGUGACAUGCUUCCAAACUAUUAUUGUCACAUUAAGAACUAUCCUGGUUCACUUUUGCCAAAGUUGUAUGGGGCUCAUGUUGUGAAGCCUUUUGGAGGUUUUAAGGUAAGUGAACACUAUAAUAUUUUGAAAUUGGCAUUUUUAAGUACAGAACGCAUUAACCUUGUGCACAAUGGAUAUAAAUCAGCCAAGCAAUAA